AUGCUCAACAAAGAAGAGAAAGAAAAGGAGCUUGAAGAGGAGAAAGAAGAAGAUAACUACAGAGAGGAGGACGACGAGGACUUCCAGCCAGAAAAAGAGAAUAUAGGCGACGUUAGCGAUGAUGGUGAUGACGAUGACGACGAUGAAGGCAAAGACACUAGCAAACAUAAAGUGGACUAUUCACAUAUAGAAAGCGAGAGCGGUGGCCUGAUCAAAACUAGAAGGGCUCGGCAAGCUGAGGAAGAGUAUGCGAAGACACACAAGUACGAAUCACUUGCCGUUGAAUCCAUUCCCGCAAAAGUCAAUAGUAUUUGGGAAGAGUUGCAGCAGGUAAGUCUUGCCCGUCUAUCAAGUAGUUCUGGAAAGGUCGCUUCUGUUCUAAGCAGCUCUAAAGAAUCUGAGCCGACGGCGGUCGCACAAGAGGAGGACAAGAUCCUCAUCGAUAGAAACUACAAGUUUGCCGGUGAAACGGUGCACGAAAGAAAGUGGGUUGUGCGUAGCAGCGCGGAGGGUCAGGAAUACCUGAAUAGUUUGAAGUUCAAACAACAGGCGCCUGCAGCGCCUGCAGCCCCUGUUCGACAGGAUAAUGCAGUCGAGAGUGAUUUCAGUGAGAGUCGGAAACACUUACGGCGGCCACUGAAAAGGCCGCCCCUGUUGGAAAGAAUUAUUUCUGGUGGACUGCGACCCAAACUAACAACGCUGGAGAAGUCUCAACUGGACUGGGCUAGUUAUGUAGACCGUGCUGGGCUUAACGAUGAGCUGGUGUUGCACAAUAAGGACGGGUUCCUGGCGCGCCAGGAUUUUCUGCAUCGGGUUGGUUCUGCAGAGGACGAAAGGUACAAAGAGUUGCGCCGUCAACAGCUUGCUCAGCAACUGCAACAGCAAGAUGGCGGCGCUCCAUAG